AACCUAAUCAUCGGGAGGAAUUAUAAUUUUUUGGGGUAAAAAACUAAGAACAUAAUUUUCCGCUGCAAUGUUGCCCCAGUUUCUAUGUUCAUAGUCAUUUUGAUUUUGACAAGAGCCACAUAACCUGCUUCUGUAAAAACAAACUAAAUGUAAAAGUUCGUCUGUUGCGAUUCUCUUUUGCAGGAGAAUCAAGAAAAAUGUCGGCGUUAUUUAACUUACAAAGCUUACUCACUGUGGUACUACUAGUGAUUUGUACUUGUUCCUACUUGAAGUCGUUCUUUCCAAAAGUGUUCGAUAAAAGCAGGACAGGUAUACUAAAGACUUGCUGGAAAUGUGCAAGGAUAGGCGAAAGAAAGUCGCCCUGGGUAGCAGCGGCAUGUUCGAUGAUGGCAUUUACAAUACUGUUUUUAAAGUGAAUUUGAUUAAUUUCCUUGUAAAGUUUUGUAUACUCCAUAAUAAAACAAUAAUUUUAUCAUAUUUAAACUUCCGACUUUGUGGGGACGGCCCCAGUAAACUACAUCUUACUGACCCUAGUGUGAAUUUAGGGAUAUUCUAUAUGCUUAUUAUAUCUGUAUAUUGAGUAAGUAAUUUGUUUCGCUAAUAUAGGAAGACGUUUGGUAUAAA